AUGGCCUCUUUCUCUCAUCAAGAGACGCAGUCGAGUCCAGCGAAAGAGCUACCGAGAACACCGAAAUGCAGUGGUGGCUCGCCACACAGAGAGCGAAGGCGUCGGGAGGAGGAGCCUCAAACUACAGGGUUCAGUGGAGCCCUACAUCGAACGCCACCGCCUCCUCCCCCGGCAUUGUUACGACGACUAGGAGUUAAGGAGCCUACUGGCGUUGGCAAGUUUCGAGUGCGACAAGAGUUCGCUGAAAACAAACUUGGAAAUUCGUACGUGUCGGGACGGAGUCUACCGUCGUUCGCUCGAUGA